AUGGCAAAUCUUGUGACAACGUAUAUUUUGUGGUUGGUUGGAGGCUGGUUUGGGUUGCACCAUUUUUAUUUAGGAAGAGAUCGUCAUGGAUUUGUUUGGUUCUGCACUUGUGGAGGGUUUUUUGGGUUGGGAUGGUUGAGAGAUUUGUGGAGGAUCCCAGACUAUGUAGAUGAAUGUAAUGGCACAGAGGAUUCCAAAAUAAACUUUGCGACCAAAGUCAACAGGUAUCCUUGCCCACCAUUUUCUGUGGUGCGGUUCGCUGGAGAGAUCAUGAUGGGUAACUUAUUUGGGUAUUUAUCUUUGGGAGUAUAUAUAGUUGGUAAUAUUGGUAGAGAACAAGUGUCAUUUAAAUGGUGUUUAAUAGGUUCUUACUGUGGUUUACUAUGGACUAUUAAAGAUAUAGAAAACGUUGCUGUAUUACCCACAUGUUGUACAUUUGUUCUACGUUGGAAAGGUGUAAAAUGGAGGCUGUAUAAAGAGAAAAAGCAGAGUAUAUGUUGGAGAAUACCUAAAAUCACAUUCUUUAUUUUAUUAUAUUUAUCAUUGUUAUGCAGUACCAUAUACUUUAAUGCUUAUAUCACCACUAAGGAUGAGGAAAAGGUCUAUCUUCGUGAUGCAGUCAACAACUUCUUUAAAUCACCAGCUUGGGAAGAAACCAAGGAUUCUUUUACACGACUAUAUAAUUAUUAUAAAGUUAAUGGAUGGGGUAAGCUAUGGGAAGAGGUCAUAGAGGCAUUUGAUCCUAAAGGAGAAAACAAUGCUUAUAAGGUGCUUGGAUUGUCAGCAAGUUCUAGUCAAGAGCAGAUAACUGCCCAGUACAGAAAACUGGUGCGCAAAUGGCAUCCUGAUAAACAUAAAGAUCCAGAGGAAAAAGAAGAAGCACAGAAAAAAUUCAUUGAAAUUCAAGAAGCGUAUGAUAUCUUAUCUAGUAUUAAAACUGUACGUGCCAUGAGAAAUAAAAAAUCAGCCAAGAACCCAACUUGA